UAGAGGCUGCUCCGCUGCGGUGUGAACAGGAAAACCCGGUGCUUUUCAAGCACCAGCACCGAACCGGCCCCGAAACACCAUUGGUGUGAAUGGGGUACUAGUCACCUGUUCACCCAGCCCCUCACCGGACAACGCGCCAUCUCUGAGAAUAGCCAGACGAUGUCCCUCCAACUCUAUCUUGGCUUUCUCAGAUUCUUGUCGCAUCCGCUCCACUGUGAUUUCCUUUUCAAUUCCCAACUCAUACUUCCUUUUGUCAUGUUCCAGCUGCAACAACAACAAUUCCCUCUGCUGCUCAAAAGAAAGUGCACUUGCCUGAAAACGAGGUUUUAACAAAACCCCCUCUUCCUUUGCAGCAAAAACUCCCGUCUCCCUUAACGUUGACACUAUAGAGUCUUUUAUGUUGUCUUUCACCCUUCUAUCCCCGACAAUAGACACAGAGAAAUGCUCAGCAAUUAAGAGCAGCUGCUCUCUUGAAAAAGUACCAAGCAACUCCUGAGACGGAGCUUCAAUAAAUGCCUCUACGUCAGCCAUAUUAACUUCCAACGACCCCUCACCGGAACACAACACCGGACCUUUAAACCGAGAGAUGAGAAAGAACACACGCAAAAACAAACCGGACAGAUACCACCACACUUAUUAUGCGUCCAAAGUGGAACAACACUAAUGUUCUGAUUGGAGUUUCCCCACUAACUCACCAUCCCACUGACUAAUCUCCUCCCUAGUCUUCAUGCAGUUACUUGUGGUGGGUAUUUAUGCACCGGAGACCGCUGGCCCAGCAAAGCGACUAGCAAGCUAGCAACACUACUGUGACCACGGCCAUGCUCCCAAGCCAAAGCUUCAACCACUUUCUCCGCAACACUACACACCCCGCUCAACAAUCCCAAGGGAACCGCCGCUUAACCUGCCAGGGAAAACUCUGCACCGCUCCGCACUGCUCCACCUGCAACGCACCAACAAACCCCGACGAGAGAAAAAAGUGAAAAACAAACCAAAACAAACAGCUGACCACGGCUAAGAACAACUAGCAACCUCUCUCUAAGCUCACCACAGCACAGGUCCUCCAUCAGAACAUGUUCUGCCUUCUUAAUCUGCAGACAGGAUCUGCUGCUAGUGAUUUGACCUUUGUGUGUUUCUCUUUGCAGAUUGUAAAACUGCUGACCUUGUACACUCCAGUGAUUGAGUUUGAAGAGCGAGUGUCAUCCACGUUCCUCACAACUCUUAACAACCUUUUGAAAGACAGAGACGAGUCAUCCACUUUGUUGAUGGACGCCAAGAAGAUCUUCUCCGUCUCCCUCCCCUUCACACCCUCCUCUGUGGCUCUGGAGACCAUCCAGAUCCCCGCCAGCCUCAAUCUGGGCUUCCUCGCCCGCAUCUAGACCAGAAACCUCUGAGACUGAAUUGUGUUUACGAGAGGAAAAACACCAAAGUCUCUACACGUUGUAAUGUCACCGAUUACUGCAGGACUGCUGCAGAAUUAGACUUGUGUAGUGAUCACUGCUUCAUACACUGGGGUUACAUAAUCCAAUCAUGGAACUACAGGUUGGGGGUAUUGUUUCCGCACGGACACAUGUGUUGACGGUACCUACUGUGUACCUACUGUGUGUUCCCCCUUUCACUUUCUCUUCUGUUCUCGUGCUGCGACAGACAGCAUGUACAUUCCUGCUGCUCAGUAAAGUACAGAUUUGCACCUUCGAUGCACCGCUUCAGACUCCCUUCUCUCGGCACUACACGACUUUGUUUACAUGCAUCUAUGUUAUAGCUUUUCAGCACUGCACAGCCAAAGACUCAGAACUGAAUGAAUCUGCAAGAAAAGUUUUUUUAAGGUCAUCUAUUGCCACGCCUCGUAUUGCUAAAACAGGUAUUCACAAUGUUCCUAAUAUAAGAUAUAAGUAAGGACAUUUGACAAAUCAUAAAACAUGCAAGUUUGUUGGGAUAGAUGAAUGUAUCCUAGGACUGUUUUGAUGGACAAAUCUUAAAAAAAAAGAAAAGGCCAACCGAUUUAAAUGUUAAAAUGUCUGAAGAUGAGAUUCUGUUUUAUUUCUGUAACUUCAUAUAUUUCUGUAACGACUAAUAUAAAAUAUGUAUUUCACAGUU